AUGCUACAAGUCGUACGCUGUGGGAUACAUGGCUUCCACGAAACCCUUGGAAUUGACACCGACGAGAUUCGAUUCUUCUGGACCCUUCAAAGCGACGACGAAAAUGCCCUCCAAACAGCAUAUCAAGUCCGCGUCUUCGAAGUCGUGCCUCAAGAUGGGCAACAGUCCCAGAGAAACCCUGUAAUAUGGGACUCGGAAAAACAAAUAAGCAAUGCCCAGCGAGACAUAAUCUGCAAGCCUUCACAAGGAUUCAAAUCAACGCAAGAGUACGUCUGGUGCAUCACAGUCUUCGACCAGCACGACACCGCAACAACCAGCAUCGAAAACAUGUUCUUCACAGCCUACCCACGAUCUCAACUCCUACCUCCACUGAGCAUGAACCGGACAUACAUGGCACACACCGCCCUAAUCUUUCGCACCUGGUUUGAAGAUAUCGAGAACAAAUGGAAAGCAUGGUGGAUCGGUGACGGAGGAGACAAACCCAUCUACCUUCGACGAUCUUUUAAGCUAGACCGAGUACCUUUUCGAGCAAUUGCGUUUGUGUCUGGACUUGGUCAUCAUAAUUUCAGCGUGAAUGGAAAACCGGCUUCAGAUCAUGUCCUCGAUCCUGGCUGGACGAAUUAUCACCGUGCUGUGCAGUUCGUUGCUCAUGAUUUGACAUCAUCGCUGCGGGUGGGAGAGAAUGUGCUGGGAGCACAUAUCGGGAAUGGGUUCUAUGCCGGUGAUCAAGGAGACCGAUUUUUCUGGCCGAAGUAUGAAGAUAAUACUUAUGUCCGGUACGGAAACGAGUUAUGUUUCUUUGCCGAACUACAUCUGAUAUACGAGGAUGGAACCCAUGAUGUUGUGAUAUCCGAUUCGAGGUGGAAGGUCAGGAAGAGCGCUACUACUUUAGCCAAUAUCUACGCUUCGGAGACGCAUGAUCGAAGAGUCUUUCCGGUGGGAUGGGACGCUCCUGACUUUGACGAGAGUGACUGGGCAUCGGCGAAAGGACUUACGGGCCCAAGAGGAUUCCUGAAAUACCAAAGUCAACCUCCUGUCAUCCGACGCGAAACGUUCCAUCCGAUUUCCACUUCCUCUCCAAGACCUGGCGUUGUAUGUUUUGAUCUUGGCCAGAAUGCUUCGACGAUGGUAAAGAUCGUCGUCGAAGGACAAGCAGGUUCCGAAAUCACAAUCCGUUACGGAGAAACGGCGUACGAAGACGGGACGAUCAAGAUGCCUGACCCUCUCUUCAAAGAAUUCGAAACAAAAGUCUACUCGACUUUUUUCCUGGCUGGGACAGGAAGCCCCGAGGUUUGGGAGCCAGAAUUCAGCUUCACCAGUGCCCGCUACAUACAGAUUGACGGCGUAUCACUCGAAGUCAACUCGAAUCUCCCCAUCAUACACUCAGCAGUCGGACAACACGUCUCCUCAGCAUCUCGCCGUCUCGGCUCCAUGACCACCGAUAAAGAAGACGUAAACGCACUUCUCUCUGCACUGAAAUGGACAUUCGCAUCCAACCUCUUCAGCUACCACACCGACUGUCCUCAGAUUGAGAAAUUCGGAUGGCUGGAAGUAACACAUUUACUCGCACCAGCAACACAAUACAUGGUGGACAUGGAAUCCCUCUACACCAAAAUCCUGCUAGAUAUCCUCGACGCCCAAGAACCGAAUGGACUAGUUCCUACCAUGGCGCCGGAAAUAAGGUACAUGUGUGGUCCGUUACAUGAUACUAUUACAUGGGGCUGCGCAUUGAUAUUCAUUCCUGAUAUACUGAGGAAAUAUUACGGGUCGACGCAUACGAUUCCAAGGAUGUAUAGAGCGGGAGAGCGAUACAUGCAGUAUAUUAAAACGAAAGAGAGAAAAGGGGGACUAAUCGAGCACGGUCUGGGGGACUGGGGAAGGGGAAUCGCGCACGGGAACGCACAAGCCAAUAUCGAGACGGCAGUCUAUCACGAAUGUCUGAAAUGCAUGGAACGCUUUGCCCAAAUUCUCGAUCUGCCUAAUGAAGCCGUCAGAUGGGGAAACGAAGCCGCAAGAAUUUACGAGGUGUAUAACAAACAUCUGCUGGUGACAGAUGAUCCUAACCAUCCUUUUGCGUAUUACACCUCUCUCGACAACCCCCCGGCUCGAGACCGCGACGCUGUGUGUCAAGCUGUGGCGUUACAAUUCAACAUGGUGCCCGAUAUCUACAAGGCGGACGUCACGCAUGCCUUUCUGGACGAUGUCUCAGACGGCCGUCUGCGAUCCGGCGAAAUUGGUCUGCGGUACCUAUUUCUCACGUUACAUGAUAUCAAUCGACCAGAUCUGGUCCUUCAGAUGGCGCGCCAGGAGGAACAUCCUUCGUACAUGCGCUUUUUGCGUAGGGGCGAAACAACGCUCCUGGAGUUCUGGCAGGAUGAAUGUCGGAGUAAGUGUCAUGACAUGUUGGGGAGUAUUUUGGAGUGGGAUGGGUGGAGGGAUUUUGUUGUGAGUCCGCCGUAUGAAAAUGAGUUUGGGGCUGUGAGGGGGACUUUCGAGUGUCCGGAGGAUGGGGUGGUGAGGUUGGAGUUGGUGAUUCCGAUGAGUACGGAGGCGAGGGUGAUGUUGCCUCUGGGUGCGAAGAGUGUUCGUUUGUCGCGAGAAGGUGGAGAGAUGAGAGAAGUGGAGGGAGAAUCUGUUAGGCUGCGACAUGGGAGAUAUGUUAUUCAUAUUGUUUAG